UCCACAGCGUCUACAGAUAGAAAAAAGGAAAGUGAGAGAGAGAGAGAGAGAGAAAGAGAGAAAGAGAGAGACAGAGAAGUCAAACUUGUAUCACCGGUUCGUCUUUCGAGGAAGAUCGACGCAACUCGAGUCGACAGAAUGAAGCUGUGGUGGAGUUUAGCGUUGGUCCUUGUCGCCGCAUCGAUGUUUCUCAGCACCGUCGGAGCAGCAUCUGUGCUUUGGGAGGAAGAUGACAAGGAGAUACUUGUACGAACCGUACGCGGCACCAAGGAACGAGCAGCAGCAUCCGGCAGCGCCGCUUCGUGCAGAUACGUCAAGGGUCAAUGGUCGGAGUGUGAUUCAAAAACCAACACUCGUUCCCGAACUCUUAGUCUUAAAAAAGGAGACAAAUCUUGCGAACAAACUAAGACUAUUCAGAAGAAAUGCAAGAAAGCCUGUCGGUACGAAAAGGGCACAUGGAGCGGAUGCGUGAAUCAACUAUCGACGAGAGUGGAUAAUUUAAAGACAAACAGUGAUCCCACUUGUGAGAAGACACGUUUGAUUACCAAGAGGUGUAAGUCGGAGACCACCAAUACCAAGAAAUCUGCCAAAGGAGGCGAACGAUCGAACAAGAAGUCGAGCAAGCAGUAAAAUCAUUUUCUUGUCUAAAUGUACUACCGUGUCCCUUUGUAAAACACCCGACGAUCAGCAAAAAUCCAACAACGGGCAACGAACAAAAAAUGCAUUCUUGAGUUUCCUUCAACGUACAUAUGGAUAUGUUUGAUUAACGAAUUGUCGUUGUAUUGAUAAAUCGCGAGUAUACUUACUACGAUCGAGACAUUUUCGUCGAUCGAUAGAAAUAAUAAUAAGAAUAAGAAUAAUAAUAAUAAUAAUAAUGAUAAUAAAAA